AUGACAACAACACUCUUCAAAAUAAGUCGCUCGAACGUUACUUUUAUUCCUCUUGGCGACGACGUUGUUGUGAACAAAACAGAAAUUUCAUUUGGCGAUAACAUUGAUGUCAAUUCACAACAAAGAGAACUUUUGUGUGUUGGUAACACUUCAAAACACAACAUGAAAAUUCAAAUCACAACAAAAAGUGCGACCGUCGAAAAAUAUGAAUUUGAGACAAAUCCAAAAGUUGUGAUUUUACCAAAAGGCGAAGCCUGUGAAUUUGAAAUUCUUUUAACAAUAAAAUGCACAACCAAAAUUGAUGAAAAUGUUGUAUUAGUUGCAAAUUCAUUUACACACAAAAAUAAUGUACUUAAAAAUAUGAAAAUUACAGCUACUUCUAAAUUGACAACACGCCUUGACCCAGACGAAUUAAAAGAAGACAAAAAACUUGGUGAAGGGUCUUUUGGUGUGGUCUUUAAAGGGACUUUUAGAGAUAAUAUAGUUGCUCUUAAGAAGAUGAAAAUGUGUGAAAACAAUGAUUCACAAAAUAUUGAAUUUGAGAAUGAAGUUUCCAUGUUAGACAAAUUUAGAAGUGAUUAUAUUGUCCACUUUUAUGGCGCCGUUUUCAUUCCAAAUAAGAUUUGUAUGGUCACUGAAUUCGCUCAAUUUGGGUCUUUACAAGAUUUAAUGAAACACAAAAAGAGUGAAGAAAUUGAUAUGAAACUUCGUGUUAAAAUUUUGCUUGAUGGAGCAAAAGGAAUUCAAUAUUUACAUGAAAAUGGGAUAUUACACAGAGACAUUAAACCAGACAAUUUACUUAUGUUUUCACUUGAUUGUAACGAAAAAGUCAACGCAAAACUGACUGAUUUUGGGAGUGCUAGAAAUGUCAAUAUGUUGAUGACUAACAUGACGUUCACAAAUGGAAUUGGAACACCAAAAUAUAUGGCACCUGAGGUGUUAAACAAAGAACACUAUAAGAAGCCAGCUGAUGUAUAUUCAUUUGCUAUAACUAUGGUGGAGUGCUUUUUGUGGAGUAAUGCAUAUCCAAAAACUAUUUAUAUGUACCCAUGGACUAUUGCUGAUGAUGUUGCUUCUGGAAAAAGACCAAAUACAAUAAAAACACUUGAAGAGAAAUACCAAAAUGUUAUUGAAAAGUGUUGGAAACAAAAAGUUGAAGAACGGAUUACAAUUAAUGAAGCUGUUAAUAUACUUAAAACAAUUGAUUAA